CGGUCAGGGAAGCGGCCAGGGCCAGGGCAGCGGUCAGGGAAGCGGUUCUGGUCAGGGCAGCGGUCAGGGAAGCGGUUAUGGUCAGGGAAGCAGUCAGGGUAGUGGUUCUGGCCAGGGAAGCGGCCAGGGCCAGGGAAGCAGUCAAGCCAUGGCUGUUGCCUUCCUUAUUCCGCUGUUGACUCCGGGCAGCGGUCAGGGAAGCGGUUCUGGCCAGGGAAGCGCUCAGGGAAGCGGACAGGGCCAGGGCAGUGAUCAGGGAAGCGGUUCUGGUCAGGGAAGCGGUUCUGGCCAGGGAAGCGGCCAGGGCAGUGGCCAGGGAAGCGGCCAGGGCAGUGGCCAGGGAAGCGGUUCUGGUCAGGGAAGCGGAUGGGGCAGUGGUCAGGGCAGCGGUCAGGGAAGCGGUUCUGGUCAGGGCAGCGGUCAGGGAAGCGGUUAUGGUCAGGGAAGCAUCAAGGUAAUGGUCGGGGAUGUGGUCAUUGAAAUGGUCAUGGGAAUUUUGCAUAACACUUACUGGAGAUCUUUUCAAUUCAGUGCUUUAUUCAUAUGGCAUGGUUUUUCCCUCUUUGCUCAAACAGUUUAGAAAGAUUGUCUCUCCCCCACCUCCACCUCCUCAAAUAAAAAGAAUUGCUUGAUUUGAA